AGAAUUUGGCAGGUCCUGGCAGGAGAGAGCUGCUUCGGCGGCACCUCUGCUGUUGGGAUGGAGUCGCGAGUCGCAGGCUCCGGGGUGGGAGAGACUGAACUAACCGCGAGCGAAGAUUCCACACUUGGCGGGGCCACUCGGGGACCCGCAGUCUCGGCGUCCCUGGGAGCCGCCCGGUGGAAGCUCCUGCGACAGGUCACCUGGGAUUUGAAUGACACAGGCUGUGAGCAACUGGGUGACUUCCUACUGCAUGCUUAGCCACUCACCCAUAAUCCUUGGAUCAGCUGAUUGCCAUGUUCUCAUGGUGAAGGCAGAGUUAUAAGAGCAAGUCCAGGGGCUGGGGGUUUAGCUCAAGACCAAAAAAAAAAAAAAAAAAAAAAAAAAAAAAAAAAAAAAAAGAGAGAGCAAGUCCAACCACAGAAUCAUGUAAGCCCUGCUCUCAUAUUUGCUUGGCCAAAGUAAAAUGCUUGGUCAAGCCCAGAGUCAAGGAGCAGGAAAAUACACUCUUUUCUUGGAUAUGACAGGUAGCAAGAGAAUAUUCUUCUAUAAUAAUGUAAUCUGUCAUAUACUAGACAUUUGCAGCUCCUUAGUAAAUAUUUCAAAUGAGGGAACCAUUCAUAUCUCCUGUACACCCAGAACUAGAAAAUCCCAGGGUUCUAGCCAGUGCUAGAUAUAUGCAACUCUCUCUUUUAUGGGGACAUUUUCACAAUAUCUGUUUCUUUUUGCUUCUCCCUCACAAUUCUGCUUUUCUGUUAUCCUGUGUGGCUCCCAUGUUGUCUCAUGGCCCUUCACUUUAUAAUAACUGUUCAGCAUUACCUGUGCUUUGAAUUCACAUUUUUUGACAGAAAACCAGGUUGACUUAGUUCAUUAUUUGGAGCCAGGUCACAUGAAAAGUUGCUGACAUUUGAGUCUAAUGCUAACUUUAAUUAGAUAAAAGUCUAUGGAUCAAUAGCCUUAGAUGGUAUGAAUGUUAUUUUAGUUUCCUCUUUGUUGGGUUUUAUUUCCUGAUAGAAAAAUGGCCACAGGCCAUUUUAGACUUUCAUCAUCCACCUACCUAGUGAUCCAGAAGAAAUGACCCAUUUUUCCUAACAUCUAAAUCAUUUUCUCCAAACAACUCUGACAGGCUAAGUUUGAACCAAUUAUUGUGUCCAGGAGAAUGGAGCACUUUGGUAACCUGCCACGUUAGCUGCACUGAGGUGGGAGAGAGAAAAUCUGGCCAAGAUUACAUAAAGGAAGGGUGCAGAACAGAUGAAAAAAUAGCAAUGAUUGUUACACAGAGAUUCUCAAACACGUACUAAAUGAAAGACGUUACCUGGAAUGCUGAAUACUUGGCUAAAGAAUCUGAUUAAUGAAAUAUUUUACAGUAAAAUUCAAGUUAAAGUAGGAUGUGAUGUCUUUGAAUACUAAAAGAGAUUACAGUUUUUGAAUAGAAUUGUGCCCUUAGCUUGGUAUGGUGGUGUGUAACCUCUUCCACCCUCUAUGUCCUCCCCGCCAUUUGUAUAUGAAGGAAUGAGACGAGAUUUCUUAGGAACUUCUCCCAACUCUGAUUAUUUUUAAAUCAAGUUAUUUCCAAGGGCUAGAAAUAGUUUUAUGUAUUCCCAAUAUAGAUUUUAUUUAUUUAACACUGUAAAAAUUGCCUGUUGGAUACAUAUGCACAGAUCAGCUGAGCUCAUGGUGGUAGCUCUGCAAGAUGGAGAAACAAAGUAAAAUCUGAAAUUCAGCAUAUAACACAAGAACUACAGUAAAGCCCUUCUUCAGUUAAUCAUAACUACUUGUCUAUGGAUGCUGAAUAUUGUGUUGUCUAUGAAUGGUGGAAUUUAGGGUGAGUUUUUAACUCUCCUGUAUAUGAACUUUUAUAGUGAUCGUGAUUAUCAUCAAGACAUUUUUUGUCUAUUACAAGAUACACAUUUUAAAUUGUAACAUCUUUGCAACUGAUACACAAUUUUUAAAUGACAGCAUGCUCUGGUCAAAUGGCAAUCUAUUCUAUAACAUCAGAAGAAAGAAAAAGUUGUAUUUUAUACUUAGUAGUGUCUUAUAUUUGAUGCAAAAGUCAUUGGGAGGUAUGACAGUGUUUUUCCUUUUGAGGAAAAACACCAAAGACCCUUGACCACCAGAAAAUAAUUUUAUGUGAAUGUCUAAAAUUGUUCCUUGUACAAGAUACUAUGUACCAGAACACUUGUUACCUUGACCACUACUUAAAAGGUUAAAGAAGUGAAUCAUAAAAAUAAUAUGCAUUUUUAAAAUGAAGUUACAAUCUUGUGCCAAAUCUGUCUAAAUAUAAUUAAUCCUCCAAGUUUUCAGAAUUGGCUUCCCAUUGAUAGUAAAAUUUUAAGUAACAUACUUUUUUUUUUGGGUGAUGUUCUUGUUGUGUUGCUUAGACUGGCUUCCAACUCCUGGACUCAAGCAAUUUUCCUGCCUCAGUGUCCUGAAUACAGUACUAUAACUGGCACUGCAGGUGCAAAUAAUUGUGCUCACUUAGUAACUUACCUUUAUUAGACAAACUUAUGUUUAUCUCUCCCAAACAUUCAACCUAGUUUUUGUGGAAGCAACAUCUCUCUUUUAGCAUUAUUUCAUUGUUUUAAAAAUAUUAUUUAAUAACAAAUAUUUGCCAUUAGAAUUUAUUUGUCAAAUAUUUAAUUUAAUAUUUGCAGAACAGCUAGUAUAGAAAAGUUUGUAAAGAAGCCCAACAAAGCUGACAAGUGAACAAGUCAGCAAGGAUGGCUCCUACAGUCUUGCAGCUCACCUGGUCCACUCUGAAUAUUUAAUGGAAGGAAUGAAGAAUGUCUGUUAAUCUAAAGAGUCAGUUAAGAGAGCUGCCUACUCUUAUUUUGUGCUCUGUUAAGCCUUCUGAUUCUAUUGUAGGAAAUGGAUAAAAGACACUAGAGGCCACGUCUUAGACAUGGCUCUACAGCGUAGUUGUAAUCUUGUGCGAAGGGACCUUUUAUGGUUUUUAUGAAACUGCUUAACUUCCUGCAGCAAUGCUGAACAGGGUACUUAGUGAAACUUUUAUUUUUCAUAUUUCUUACUGCAUGUAUUUUUCAUUUUAUAUUGCCUUCUUGCUCUUUUAGGUUCCUGGUAGAAAAAGAGACAACAUCACUUUCUCUCUCUCUCUCUCUCUCUCUCUGUUGCUUUGGAUGCUACUAUGUCUACUAGGUAUUUUCUUAAUCUCUUGGUUCACUAAGACUCUGAAGUUUUAUUUGUAAGGUUUAUGUUUUUGUGUCUGAACUUAAUUCUAGGAUGCUUUUUAAUCCUUUGCCUUUUCUUUUUCUUCAGACAGUUACUUUCCUUAAGUUAUUUAUUAUUGAAUCAGAUUAAUGAAGCAAGGAGAAUACCUUAGUGUCUGUUGUAGUUAGGGGUGUGCAGAGAACAAUUAGAAUCAGGACAUGGAUUUUAUAAUACUAUUUUUAUAAUGGACACCGAGAGUUAACACAAGAAAAUGCAGGAAAUCUAUUUGCAACACCAAAGACAUAGAAUAUUUAGUCAAGGGUCUAAAUCCCAUAGCAAUGUGCCACAUGCGUCUAGAUGAAAACCCAGAGCUCAUGACAAUGCCUCCCACGAGUCCAACUGGAAGUCUCUGGCCCACAAGAAGGACUCAUGCAAGUCUCUUUCACGGAUCCAUGCUGGAAAGGCCCAAAGGUCAGCUGUGGAAGCCAGAAAGUCCAUGCCAGCGGGGUGAAGGAGUUGUGCUGGAGCUGAGAACUCACACUCACAACAAAGACCAGGGCUGUCCUGAAAGGCACCACUGCCAUCCUCAGCGACAUGGAGGCCCCGAGCUCCUCCGAUGACAAGCACAGUCGGGUUCUGAAGCAGAAACACCUCGAUGAUUGUCUGCGACAUGUAUCUAUAAGAAGGUUUGAGUCAUUUAAUCUGUUUUCAGUAACAGAAGCCAAAAAAAGGGCGACUAAGGAAGAGGCUGGAGGAUGGAUCCAAUACACAAGUGUCUUCUAUCCUGAAUAUAAAAUCUUCUUAAGGCAUAAUAGUGAGUCCUUGAAUGUUGAAGAUGUCCUUACCAGCUUUGACAAUACAGGAAAUAUUUGCAUCUGGCCGUCUGAAGAGGUUUUGGCUUACUACUGCCUCAAGCACAGUAAUAUAUUCAGGGACCUUGCUGUGUGUGAGCUAGGGGGUGGCAUGACAUGCUUGGCUGGGCUCAUGGUUGCUAUUUCUGCAGAUGUCAAAGAAGUUCUGUUAACUGAUGGGAAUGAAAAGGCCAUCAGAAGUAUCCUUAUUCAGAUAGAAAACGGAGCAAAGAUGCCAUGCCAGCCCUUGAAAUCAGAGAGGAAAUCUCAGAUUCUGCAUUCACUCUGCCGGCCUUUCAAAGAAAUGAUUGAUGUAAGAGAAAUCAUCACAAGGAAUCAGAGGGCUGGUGUAUUUAAGACUCAGAAUAUAUCAAGCUGCGUUUUACGAUGGGAUAAUGAGACAGAUGUCUCUCAACUGGAAGGACAUUUUGACAUUGUUAUGUGUGCUGACUGCCUGUUUCUGGACCAGUACAGAGCCAGCCUUGUUGAUGCAAUAAAGCGAUUACUGCAGCCCACGGGGAAAGCAAUGGUGUUCGCCCCACGCCGAGGGACUACUUUAAACCAGUUUUGCAAUCUAGCUGAAAAAGCUGGUUUCUCCAUCCAAAAACAUGAAAAUUAUGACGAACACAUUUCAAACUUCCACUCCAAGUUGAAAAAGGAAAGCUCGGAUAUAUAUGAAGAAAACCUUCAUUACCCAUUUAUGCUUAUUUUAACUAAAAAUGGUUAGAAGAUUAAGCGUCCCCAAAGAAGAAAACAUCAAACACACAGAAUAUUUCCACAACAACAGAAAUAUCUGUAGUGAGUAUAAUAUGCAGCAAACCAUUGGUUCCCUGAGCUUCUCAACCCCUCAGGACUCCCCCCACCCCACUUUGUGACAUUCCAAGUAUGGGCUACAGACUCCACUGUCUCCUCUACAUUGUCCCCAACCAUUGUCACCCAGCCCUACCCUCCCUUUAGUCUGUUUGUCGCAUUUCUGUAACAAACCCUUGUUGUCUUUAAAUAUGUAUAAGCAGCCCGUUGGAGAUUUGAAUUGAUUUGAGACCAACCUAAAUAUUUUUUCCUCUGAGACAGAAAUUCUUCUUUGUGUUUCACAUACACGCACAGUUUUUUAAAAUGGUCUUUGUUCUGUUUUGAUGAUGGUAGUUUUUAAUCUGUAAACACAGCAAAUAAUAUGAUUCUUUCCUGGUUAAAAAAAAUAAUAAUAAAGUCUAUCUUUCUGAACUCCCUCCAA